AUGGAGAAAGAUGCAUUUGCAAAAAGGUUUGUGGAUGCAUACAGAAGAAGAAAAGAGCUCCAUAACCUGAGAAGGAUGGCCUGUGAGAGAAUAAACAAAAAGAUGGUUGAUCAACAAGUGCUUCGAAGAGCAAUUGAGAAGAGCAAAGGAAUGAAUACAAGUGAUCUUCAGCAGAGUCAAACUGAACAGGCAGCAAUAUUUGGAACAGGAGCAUACAGAUUGUCACUGAUUGAGAUAGGAAGAUUGCCAACUGAGGAUCCUGAAAGGUUCCAUACGGAGACAGCCAUAUAUCCAAUAGGAUAUGCAUGCAGGAAGAAGUAUCGAGGGCAUGACACAUACAACAAGAGAUCAAGAGACAGGAUUCUUUACAUUUGCAGCGUUGAUGCGGAGAAAGGGCCUGUGAUAACGGCGGAUGACGGAAGGGAGUGGCAUGGCCCUGGGAUGUGGGAGCAGUUUGUGAACAGCAUUGGGAAUGUGGUUGAGUAUAAGAACAUGGAGGAGUUUUUUGGAUUCAUAAAUCCUAUGCUAGCCAAGAAAAUUGAAUCUCUUGGAGAUGUCUCGAUUUGUAAAAGAUAUAUUCCAUGGAAUAAGAGGGCCAAGCUAUCAAGCAUGUAG